AUGAAUGAAUUAGAUAGUCUUCGACAGGAGGCAGAAACUCUUAAAAAUGCCAUACGAAAUUUAAGAAAAAAAUUUUUUAUUGUAAUGUCAAAUGAUAAUUUGUUUAAUGCUGCGUGUGAUACCACGCUGGCCCAAGCGACGUCCAAUAUGGAACCCAUUGGACGUAUUCAAAUGAGAACUAGAAGAACAUUAAGAGGUCAUUUAGCCAAAAUUUAUGCAAUGCACUGGGGAUGCGAUUCAAAAAACUUAGUUUCAGCUUCUCAAGAUGGAAAAUUAAUAGUUUGGGACAGUUACACAACCAACAAAGUUCAUGCGAUUCCUUUAAGAUCCAGCUGGGUCAUGACUUGUGCUUAUGCUCCAAGCGGUUCAUUUGUAGCUUGCGGUGGUCUUGACAACAUUUGUUCAAUAUACAGUUUGAAAACGAGAGAAGGAAAUGUUCGAGUAUCAAGAGAAUUACCAGGUCAUACAGGUUAUCUCUCAUGUUGCAGAUUCCUAGAUGACAAUCAAAUUAUCACCAGCUCUGGAGAUAUGACAUGUGCACUCUGGGAUAUUGAAACUGGUCAACAAUGCACUUCUUUCAUUGGGCACACAGGCGAUGUUAUGAGUCUGUCAUUGUCACCCGAUAUGAGAACAUUUGUGUCAGGAGCCUGCGACGCAUCAGCCAAGCUUUGGGACAUUAGGGAAGGAACCUGCAAACAAACUUUUCCCGGUCAUGAAUCAGAUAUCAAUGCCGUUACAUUCUUUCCAAAUGGUCAAGCAUUUGCUACUGGUUCAGACGAUGCAACGUGUCGCCUGUUUGAUAUUCGGGCUGACCAAGAGCUCGCCAUGUAUUCCCACGACAAUAUUAUUUGCGGGAUCACAUCAGUGGCAUUCAGUAAAUCUGGUCGACUGCUUUUAGCUGGCUACGAUGAUUUUAAUUGUAACGUUUGGGAUUCUCUCAAGACAGAAAGAGCCGGUAUUCUUGCCGGACACGACAACAGAGUCAGCUGUUUAGGAGUAACCGAAGAUGGUAUGGCAGUUGCCACAGGAUCAUGGGAUUCUUUCUUAAGAAUCUGGAAUUAA